CCACCACCACCACCACCACCACCACUACCACCACCACCACCACUACCACCACCACCCCCCCCACUAUCCCCUUCCCCAUGGGCCAGGCUGUGACGCGAGCCGUGAGGCUGUCGGCCCCCCAGGAUGAAGCUGUGGAGUUGGGGGGCCGCGUCCCCCCGCCCCAGCACCCCCACGAACCUCGCGACCCCCUACGGAGGGACCCCCCCGCUCCUCAACCCCCUCCACCACCACCUCCUCAUCAUCAUCAGCAUCAUCAUCAGCAUCAUCAUCCUCCACUUCUUCGUCCUGUGCUGCUUCACGAUUUCCGGAGGGGCAGACUGCAGCAGCAGCAGCAUCAUCAGCAUCAUCAUCAUCAGCAGCAGUACCAGCAGCAGCAUCAGCAUCAUCAUCAGCAGCAGUACCAGCAGCAGCAUCAGCAGCGGAGACGCUACAAACCCGCAGUGUCCAGGUCAGGGACCCUGUCCCCGGCGCGUCUCCGUUGCGUUCCCACCGCCUCCUCCGCCUCCACCGCCUCCACCGCCUCCGCCGCCUCCACCGCCUCCACCGCCUCCACCGCCGCCUCCUUCCCAGACCUGGGCCUGCUGCCCCCUGAGCUGGGCCUGGCCAUCCUCUCGUACCUCGACGCCACGGACCUCUGCCUGGCCUCGUGCGUCUGGAGCGAGCUGGGCAGUGCGGAGCUGCUGUGGCAGGCGCUGUGUAAGUCCACGUGGGGUCACUGUUCACUGUACCGGCGCCCUCAGCCCCCAGGGUUCUCCUACCGCCGCCUCUACCUGGAACUCGACGAGGGGAGCCUCAACUUCAACGCCAACGAAGGCCUGGACUACCUCGUCUCCCGCUCCAUCCUGGAUGACGACCCUGGUGAGUUUGCCCUCUUCGCGUUCUCGACGAGGACCCUGGCUCCGGGCCCGCUCCGCGCGCUCCUAGCGGGACGCCGGCACGACGUCCUCGCCAAGUUCGUCGGUUUGCACCGGUUCCAGCGGCAGUUCCUGCCGGACGCGCUCCGACGCUUCCUUGGGGCGGCCCCGGAGCCCCUGGCCGGCGGGCCCUACCUGGAGGCCCUGGUCACCGAGUUCGCUCGCCGCUACUGCACCUGCAACCCACGGCUGUGCCUCACCGCGGACGUGGUGUACGUGCUGUGCUACUCGCUCAUCCUGCUGUCGGUCGACCUGACCAGUCCCCACGUGCGGAACAAGAUGUCCAAGCGCGAGUUCAUCCGCAACACUCGCCGUGCCGCGCCCUCCGUCAGCCCCGACUUCGCAGGCCACCUCUACGACAACGUCUACCUGGUGGGGCACGUGGUGCCCACGUGACCCUUGGGGGGGGUGGGUGGCACGUGCUCUGGUAGGGGGUGGGUGGCACGUGCUCUGGUGGGGGUGGGUGGCAGGCAAGGUGUCGGAUCCUCUACGACAACGUCUACCUGGUGGGGCACGUGGUGCCCACGUGGGGGUGGGGGUGGG